ACCGGAUAUUUUGGGUACAAUCGGAAACAUGAAGCGGGUCACUCGUACCAGUGACGAUGCACCCAUUCCUGAAGAACAGGAGACAGAGGGCCAGAGACAACUACACAAUCUACUGUUACAGCAACUAGACACAGAUGUAGACAUUGACCGGUGUGUUGCUAAGAAGAAAUGCUUUGCUCCAGCAGCAGUGUACAAGCCAUUUGGGGAGUUGGCAGCUGGUGUGAGGAGUCUGUCCCAGUUCCAGGCCCUACAGGAUGGAGAUCAGGAACUGGCCGCUCUGAGAGAAUUGGGCCUCACGGAUUCUGAAAUAGAGCUGUGGAGAUGCAGGGACCUGCCAGAGCCUUCAUGGAAGGAUAGAGGGGUUUGUGUGGCACCCGAAGCGAGGAAUGAGCGUCUGCAGGCCAUCCAGUAUAAAAUUGCAGCACAUGCGGAGCUGCUUUCCCGACCUCAGCGUUUCUCGAGCAGUCGGCCGCUCUCUCGCAGGGAGAUGGAAAUCGAGAAGGCUCUGUUUCACGGCAGUGACCGCAGCAGCUUCCUUACUGCCCUUUACCAUCAAGAUGAAGAGUCACAGGUCAGCCAGCAGGGGGCAUCAUCUGCCAAUGCAAUGGACACUUUCUGUAGAGACUUUCUGAAGGAUCAAAACAAAAACUUACAUAUCUCAGAGAGUUUUCUGCAACCACAACCAAAAUCUUGCAUUGAAGAAACAAUUGUCACCAAUGUCCGUUCUAAAUCAUCAUGCUCUGAUACUGACCAAAGCGACAGAGUCUGUGACUCCAGUCAAUGUAAAGACGAACACAAUUGCUUGGAAUCAGGCCGUGUGUCGGACACUAUCAACCCUCCACAGUCCCAAGAAAAAAGUAUUGUGCCAAGGAAAAUGACAGUCAGCCAAUCCAUUGGUACACUGAAUUCUUCUUUAGUGCAAGGUCAUGAUGGGCCGGUUACAGUCAGCGGAAUGAUAGAGGAUAUUUCAGAUGAAGAGAUCAAGAAUAAUCGGGACACAGAAGAGGCUAUACGGAAUAUUCCACGUUUUAAGAACUACCAGAGAGGGAAGCCAAGCAACGUGCUCUGUGUAAAGAACGUGAGUCCACGGGCUUCAUUGGCUCAGCUGGUUUCUCUCUUCUCCAGGUUUCAGAAAGAUAACACACACCCCAUUCUGUACCGUCUACUGACGGGUCGACUCAAAGGACAAGCUUUUAUUACAUUCUUUGAUGUAGAAAGUGCCCAAACAGCUCUGGACCUGUUAAAUGGAUACAGGCUGCUUGAAAAGCCUCUAAUCAUUGAGUUUGGCAGAGAAAGAAGUGAAGACACCAAUGCAAAGACUGACAGAUCCUCUGUAGAUCCUAACACCACUUCAACCCAACAGGAUGGACAAUCCUACAAUGAAAAACCUGCCUAAAUAAAUUCACUUUUAUUUUUUGCCUUUGUAAAUGCUGUAUAUGCUGUUUAUUAAACAAAACGAAUCUGUU